UAGAUGGGUGUGCACUGGCUCCUCCCUCUAUGCCCCUCCUCCAGACCUCAGUUAGAUCCUGUGCCCAGAGGAGACUGGGUGCAUUACAGGGGAGCUCUCCUGAGUUUCUCUGAAAAAGAAUUUUGUUAGAUUUUUUUAUUUUCAGGGAGCACUGCUGGCAACAGGCUCCCUGCAUCGUGGGACUGAGGGGAGAGAAGCAGACCUACUUAAAUGAUAGGCUCUGCUUCUUAGGCUACUGGACACCAUUAGCUCCAGAGGGUCGGAACGCAGGUCUCACCCUUGCCGUUCGUCCCGGAGCCGCGCCACCGUCCUCCUCACAGAGCCGGAAGAUGGAAGCCGGGUGAGUAUAAGAAGAAAGAAGACUUCACAGGCGGCAGAAGACUUCAGAUCUUCUCUGAGGUAACGCUGCGCGCCAUUGCUCCCACACACAACACACACAGCGGGCACUGAUGGGUGCAGGGCGCAGGGGGGGGCGCCCUGGGCAGCAAUAUUAAACCUCUAGGGACUGGCUACCAAGUAUAUAGGCUGCGGAGGCAGUAUAUAUUAUAAUCCCCCGCCAGUAUUGUAAUUUUGAGCUGGACCGAAGCCCGCCGCUGAGGGAGCGGAGCUUGAUCCUCCAGCACUAACCAGCGCCAUUUUCUCCACAGCACACUGCAGAGAAGCUGGCUCCCCGGACUCUCCCCUGCUGAACACGGUGACAGAGGGCAAAAAAGAGGGGGGGCACUUUUAAUUGGCAGUGAGUGUAUAGAGAUAUAUUUAUAUAAAAGCGCUGUUUAUCUGGGAAGUUGGUUUCCAGUGUCAGUUGGCUCUGGGUGUGUGCUGGCAUACACUCUCUCUCUGUCUCUCUAAGGGGCCUUAUUGGGGAACUGUCUCCAUAUAGAUAUAUCCCUGAGUGUGUGGGGGUGUCGGUACGUGUGUCGGCAUGUCUGAAGCGGAAGGCUCAUCUAAGGAGGAGGUGCAGCAGAUGAUUGUGGUGUCUCCGUCGGCAACGCCGACACCUGAUUGGUUGGACAUGUGGAAUGUUUUAAAUGCAAAUGUGGCUUUGUUACAUAAGAGAUUAGACAAAGCAGAGUCCAGGGAUAAUACAGGGAGUCAAUCAAUGGCUUUAACGGUGUCACAGGGCCCUUCAGGGUCUCAAAAACGUCCCCUAUCCCAAAUAGCAGACACUGAUACCGACACGGAUUCUGACUCCAGUGUCGACUACGAUGAUGCGAGAUUACACCCAAGGGUGGCCAAGAGUAUUCAUUAUAUGAUUAUUGCAAUAACAGAUGUUUUGCAUAUCACAGAUGACCCCUCUGUCCCUGACAAGAGGGUACACAUGUUUAAAGAAAAGAAACCUGAGGUAACUUUUCCCCCAUCCCAUGAGGAGAACGAGUUAUUUGAAAAGGCUUGGGAAACUCCAGACAAGAAGCUUCAGAUUCCCAAAAGAAUUCUUAUGGCGUAUCCUUUCCCUGCGCAGGACAGGUUAUGGUGGGAAUCCUCACCCAGGGUGGAUAAGGCGUUAACACACUUGUCCAAAAAGGUGGCGCUUCCGUCUCCAGACACGGCAGCCCUCAAGGAUCCUGCUGAUCGCAGACAGGAAACUACCUUAAAAUCAAUUUAUACACAUACGGGGGCCUUGCUCAGACCGGCAAUAGCGUCGGCUUGGGUUUGUAGCGCUGUAGCAGCUUGGACUGAUACCUUGUCAACUGACAUUGAAACCCUAGAUAGGGAUACCAUUUUAUUGACCUUAGGUCACAUAAAAGACGCAGUCUUAUAUAUGAGAGACGCUCAGAGAGACAUUGGUCUGCUAGGUUCGAGAGCCAACGCCAUGGCAAUUUCUGCUAGGCGAGCUCUGUGGACCCGCCAAUGGACGGGUGAUGCCGACUCAAAGAAACAUAUGAAAGUUUUACCUUAAAAAGGUGAGGAUUUAUUUGGGGAAGGUCUCGAAAGACCUGGUUUCCACAGCUACCGCGGGUAAAUCUACCUUUUUACCUUAUGUUUCUCCACAGCAAAAGAAAACGCUGCAAUAUGAGAUGCAGUCCUUUCGGUUGCAUAAGUCCAGAAGAGGUCGGGGCUCUUCCUUCCUCGUCGGAGGUAAGGGUAGAGGGAAAAAACUGCCUGCUACGGCUAGUCCCAGGAGCAGAAAUCCUCCCCGGCUUCUACUAAAUCCACCGCAUGACGCUGGGGAUCCACUGAGGGAGUCCGCGCCGGUGGGGGCACGUCUUCGACUCUUCAGCCACGUCUGGGUUCAGUCAAACGUGGAUCCUUGGGCAAUGGAAAUUGUAUCCCAGGGUUACAAGCUGGAAUUCGAAGACGUGCCUCCUCGCCGGUUUUUCAAAUCGGCCUUACCAGCUUCGUCCCCAGACAGGGGGAUAGUUUUAGCUGCAAUUCAAAAACUGUGUCAACAACAAGUGGUUGUCGAGGUUCCCCUAGUUCAACAGGGGAAGGGGUACUAUUCAACCCUAUUUGUGGUCCCGAAACCGGAUGGUUCGGUCAGACCCAUUCUAAAUUUAAAAUCCCUAAACCUGUACUUAAAAAAGUUCAAAUUCAAGAUGGAAUCGCUCAGGGCGGUUAUCUCCAGCUUGGAAGGGGGGGAUUUUAUGGUGUCACUAGACAUAAAGGAUGCUUACCUUCAUGUCCCCAUAUAUCCCCCUCAUCAGGCGUACCUGAGAUUCGCUGUACAGGACUGUCAUUACCAGUUUCAGACAUUACCGUUUGGGCUUUCCACGGCCCCGAGGAUUUUCACCAAGGUAAUGGCGGAAAUGAUGGUGCUCCUGCGCCGGCAGGGAGUCACAAUUAUCCCGUACUUGGACGAUCUCCUGAUUAAAAGCAAGAUCGAGAGAUCAGUUGCUGAAAAGCGUGUCGCUCUCCCUGAGCGUGCUGCAGCAGCAUGGCUGGAUUCUAAAUCUACCAAAGUCACAGUUGGUUCUAACGACUCGGCUAUCUUUCUUGGCCAUGAUUCUGGACACGGAACAAAAGAGGGUUUUUCUCCCAGUGGAAAAAGCCCAGGAACUCCAGAACAUGGUCAGAAACCUGUUAAAACCGAAAAGAGUGUCAGUCCAUCAAUGCACUCGAGUACUGGGGAAAAUGAUGGCGACCUACGAGGCCAUCCCCUUCUGCAGGUUUCAUGCAAGGACGUUUCAGUGGGACCUUCUGGACAAGUGGUCCGUGUCCCAUCUUCAAAUUCAGCAGAAAAUAAGUUUAUCCCCCAGGGCCAGGGUGUCUCUCCUGUGGUGGCUGCAGAGUGCUCACCUUCUAGAAGGUCGCAGGUUCGGCAUUCAAGACUGGGUUCUGGUGACCACGGACGCGAGCCUCCGAGGAUGGGGAGCAGUCACACAAGGAAGAAACUUUCAGGGGAUAUGGUCAAGCCAGGAGGCUUGUCUACACAUCAAUGUACUGGAAUUAAGGGCCAUAUACAACGGCCUACGUCAAGCGGAGAAUCUUCUUCGCGACCUACCGGUUCUGAUUCAAUCAGACAACGUCACAGCCGUGGCUCAUGUAAACCGCCAAGGCGGGACAAGGAGCAGAGUGGCAAUGGCGGAAGCCACCAGGAUUCUUUGCUGGGCGGAAAGUCACGUAAGCGCUCUGUCAGCUGUCUUCAUUCCGGGUGUGGACAACUGGGAAGCAGACUUCCUCAGCAGACACGAUCUCCAUCCAGGAAAGUGGGGACUUCAUCAAGAAGUUUUUGCAGAGAUAACAAGUCGUUGGGGACUUCCUCAAAUAGACAUGAUGGCGUCACGCCUCAACAAGAAGCUUCGGAGGUAUUGUGCCAGGUCAAGGGACCCUCGGGCAGUAGCAGUGGACGCCCUGGUGACACCGUGGGUGUUUCAGUCGGUCUGUGUUCCCUCCUCUUCCACUCAUCUCAAAGAUAUUGAGAAUCAUAAGACGAAAAAGAGUGCAGACAAUACUCAUUGUCCCAGAUUGGCCUCGAAGGGCCUGGUAUUCAGAUCUUCAGGAAAUGCUCACAGAAGAUCCGUGGCCUCUUCCCCUCAGAGAGGACCUGUUGCAACAGGGGCCCUGCGUGUUCCAAGACUUACCGCGGUUACGUUUGACGGCAUGGCGGUUGAACACCGAAUCCUAGCUGGGAAAGGCAUUCCGGAAGAAGUCAUCCCUACUCUGAUAAAGGCUAGGAAGGAGGUGACGGCGAAACAUUAUCACUGUAUCUGGAGAAAGUAUGUAUCUUGGUGUAAAUCUAAGAAUGCUCCUACGGAAGAUUUCCAUCUGGGCCGUUUUCUCCACUUUCUGCAGACAGGAGUGGAUAUGGGCCUUAAAUUAGGCUCCAUUAAGGUACAGAUUUUGGCCCUAUCAAUUUUCUUUCAGAAGGAAUUGGCUCCCAGACUCUUUUGUAAAGGGAGUGCUGCACAUACAGCCUCCUUUUGUGCCUCCAGUGGCACCAUGGGACCUUAAUGUGGUGUUACAGUUCCUAAAAUCUCACUGGUUUGAGCCCCUUCAAACAGUGGAAUUAAAAUUUCUCACUUGGAAGGUGGUCAUGUUGUUGGCCUUGGCGUCUGCAAGGCGGGUGUCUGAAUUGGCGCUUUGUCUCACAAAAGCCCCUAUCUGAUUUUCCAUGUGGAUAGAGCAGAGUUGAGGACUCGUCCUCAAUUUUUGCCUAAGGUGGUUUCAUUGUUUCAUAUGAACCAACCUAUUGUGGUGCCGGUGGCUACGAGUGACUUGGAGGAUUCCAAGUCCCUGGAUGUAGUCAGGACCUUAAAAAUUUACGUAGCCAGGACGGCUCGGGUUAGGAAAACAGAGGCACUGUUUGUCCUGUAUGCAGCCAACAAGGUUGGCGCUCCUGCUUCUAAGCAGACUAUUGCUCGCUGGAUAUGUAACACGAUUCAGCAGGCUCAUUCUACGGCUGGAUUGCCGUUUCCAAAUUCGGUAAAGGGCCAUUCCACUAGGAAGGUGGGCUCUUCUUGGGCGGCUGCCCGAGGCGUCUCGGCAUUACAGCUUUGCCGAGCGGCGACUUGGUCGGGUUCAAACACUUUUGCUAAAUUCUACAAGUUUGAUACCUUGGCUGAGGAGGACCUCAUGUUUGCUCAAUCGGUGCUGCAGAGUCAUCCGCACUCUCCCGCCCGGUCUGAAGCUUUGGUAUAAUCCCCAUGGUCCUUACGGAGUCCCCAGCAUCCUCUAGGACGUAAGAGAAAAUAAGAUUUUAAACCUACCGGUAAAUCUUUUUCUCCUAGUCUGUAGAUGAUGCUGGGCGCCCGUCCCAGUGCGGACAUAUUUCUGCAAGACUUGUAUAUAGUUAUUGCUUACAUAAGGGUUAAGAUCAGUCUUUAGCUGAUGCUGUUUUGUUCAUACUGUUAACUGGUUGCGUAUAUUCCAGGUUAUACGGUGUGGAUGGUGUGGGUUGGUAUGAAUCUUGCCCUUAGAUUAACAAAAAUCCUUUCCUCGUACUGUCCGUCUCCUCUGGGCACAGUUUCUCUAACUGGGGUCUGGAGGAGGGGCAUAGAGGGAGGAGCCAGUGCACACCCAUCUAAAGUUCUCUGUAGUGCCCAUGUCUCCUGCGGAGCCCAUCUAUACCACAUGGUCCUUACGGAGUCCCCAGCAUCCUCUACGGACUAGGAGAAAAAGAUUUACCGGUAGGUUUAAAAUCUUAGAUCGAUAUAUAUAUAUAUAUAUAUAUAUAUAUAUAUAUUCUCCAACAAAUAUAAAACCACAGCACUCACCACCCCAGAAGCGGGGUGCAGUGUGUGCACUCGCCACUCAUAGGGUGGGGUGCAUGUAGCCCAUGGCCUCCUACUUAAAAAUAUACAAACAGAAAGUUCAGCACUCACCAUAGAAAGUUCACUUAUUUUUACAACAUCCAUCAAUAAAUGAUGGGGGUUUAGUUAGUGAAUUGGCCAAUGCACGGAAGCCUGCAACUGCUCGCCAAGGUACCCCAUCUUCAUGCAGGUCCUACACUAUCACAGAGUCUCAAAAAUUAAAACCUAGCAACUGUAUCACACAUAAUAUAACUGCAAAUAUGCCUACUUGGUUUAAUGUGUACCUGCCAAAUACUCCAUGACUAACUAAACCCCCAUCAUUUAUUUAUUGAUGUUGUGAAAAUAAGUGAGCUUGCUUUGGUGAGUGCUGAAGUGUGUGUGUGUGUGUGUGUGUGUGUGUGUGUGUGUGUGUGUGUGUAUAUGUGUAUAUAAAUUAUUUAUUUUUUUAUAAAAAAGGUUAAUGAUGCACACCCACGUUUAUAUUUACCACUUUUGUUUCUGUUUGUAGCAUUACUGAUAGAAUUACAAAAACCCCACAUUUGCACUUUUAAUUAGCAUAACAAUUUGUGUGUUGCCUGGUAGGCAUUGACAAUAUUUGUAUUGUGCAAAUAGAAGUUGGGAAAUAUUUAUGAAACCUGGUGCAUGGGCAAAAGGGUCACCCUAGUGUGACACUUGGGGGCUGAUUCAGUUGUUUUUGCGACCUCUGCUGGGCGUUUUUUGCAAUGGGCAUCCUUCGGAGCUAUUCAAUUGUUGCUCUGAACAGACACCCAUUGCUGUCAGCUCCUGGUUUAACCGCGCACAGCAUCUGAACUCAUCUAAAAAACCUGAAUGGGCUUCCAAAGUCUAGUUUGGGAGCCCAAACUACAGACUUAAAAUUUUUUAUUUCAAAAUGUGUUCAAAUGUGUUAACACAUUUAUUCUCGCACCACCGGGCGAAAAAAAGUGUCUGCCGCUACUAAUGGAUGUCUAUCAGAGCAACAAUUGAAUAGCUCCGAUAGAUGCCCAUUCCUUCAGAUGGCCAGCAGGUGGCGCGCACAACAAUUGAAUUGGCCCAUUGGUGUCCAUUCCCAAGCUUUAUAAAAUCUAAUUGGUUACAUUGCCUCACAAAAGUAUUUUCCUGUGUACCAUAUUUUAUUUCCACAAUUUGAGAAAAUGUUGGAAAAAUAAAAUGAGUUAUGUUUUUCAUGCUGGUUCAUAUAUAUAUUUGUGUUUGUGCACAGGAUGGUUUAGCAUUAUUUUAGUUUUUAAUGUGUUUAGAGUGUUCUGGUAAUGUAUUAAGUGAUCAAAUGAAAUAAAGUGUUUUUAUAUUUUUA